UCUUACAACAUUUGAACAUUUAAAUAUUACGUAACAGCAAUGCAGAAAUAUCAACCUGUAUCAGUACUUGGUCUGUGCUCCAUUUUAUAUGAAAUACAUCAUCAAUGCAGCAUGGCAUGGUAACAAUCAGCCUUUGAAAAUUUUAUGUUGCAGUCUAAAACCUUACUCUCAUUGAAAUUGUAUAAUAGGCACCUUACUGAUGGUUAAUGACAGGUGCAACACAGUCUUUAUUUUAUAAUGUUUUGGUUGUUAUUUAGUUCCUUUUACAUAUCUGUGCUGGACUGGCAAUUUGCCCAUGCUGUACCCUUCAUCAUACCCACUAACUGCUGGAAUAGGCUACACAUUGCUCCCAUAACCCCCCUCUCCUCCCACCCUUGUUAUGUCAUGUCACCAUGUUCAAUUAAACAAGUUCAACGUGACCUUAUAACAGAAGAGCGGGUCAUGUAAGGUUUUGUAUUUUUUUUUAAGUUAUAUCAUGGGUGGGUAUAUGAUAAGCUCAGUAUAUUUAUCAGUGUUACAACAGUGUUACAAACUUUGAUUUAGUUAGGUUUUUCUGGCUCAUUGUCUACACUUUUUAGAGUCUGACUCUGAGAGUUGCAAAAUUGCCCUUUGGCCAGCCUGUAUUUAUUAAACCUGUUAUUUAACCAUAGCUCAGUUGGAGCAGUCUCAAUUUUUCUUUUUGCCAUCUACAGAAGGAGAUGGAGUCUUAUUUUGUUUCAGUGUGCCUGCUGUUGGUAAGCAGCCUUUUCUUCGGCCAAGCAUGCAUUCGAGGUUUUCUGGAGAACGUGGAUUUUCCCGGCUCUGACAUUGCAAGUCUGUAUUCGCCAUCUGUGGAGCAUUGUCAAGAACUUUGCACCCAGCACCCAUCGUGCCUCUUCUUCAGCUUCAAUCAUCCUGACAAGUCCUCAGGGAACUUUCAAUGCUACCUUAAAUCAAGUUCUUCUGGACACCCACAAUCACAAGUUUUACUGCUGGGUGUCACUUCCGGCUACUCUCUCAAACCCUGCAAUCUGGACUUAACACCUUGCUUUCAACAGGUUUACGAGAAUGUGGACUUCCAUGGUGGAGAUUACAGAACCUUUUUCACUGUCAGCUUUGAAGAGUGUCAGAGAGUCUGCACACAAGAUCCAGUGUGUCAGUUCUUUACUUUUGUAACAGGAAACUCCACAACCUUAGAGAUCAGGUACAAGUGCCACCUCAAAUUCAGCUGGUAUGUGCCAAGACCCCCUGCUAUAGUAUUGAAGGCUGGAGUCAUUUCUGGAUUCUCCCAGAAAUCCCAACUGACUCAACACUUUGACACAGUAUGUCGAAGCCAACUUUUUUCAAACACUGACUUCAGAGGAAGUGACUUCCUGGAAUUAAAGGCUGUUUCUCCUGAACAUUGUCAGUUCCUAUGUUCUGUCCAUCCACAGUGUACCUACUUCUCUUUCAGCAGUAACGAAUUCAGAUGUUUUUUGAAGAACAAUCCAAGCAACAUGGUGGCCAGAACAAAAAGUGGUAUCACAUCAGGAAUACCAACACACCUCUGUCAAAUUGACGAGAGCUGGUCUAAGCUGACUUACAAAGGAGUAGAUUUCAGUGGAUCUGACAUUAGCUCUGAGGUGGUGAAUUGUGUGGACAACUGCCAGGAGAAGUGCACUGAAAACCCCAACUGCCAGUUCUACACUUACCACAAUGGAAGCUUCUUUCACCCUGACCAUCGGCACCGCUGUUACAUGAAGCGAGUGAUCAUCAUGCCUACUCCUUCCCAAGUUAAGAAACUGGCCAAUGUUGUGUCUGGCUUCACCCUGAGAAACUGUAGAAGUGCACAAAAGUCUCAGGAUUAACCAAUCUUAAGCUUUAU